AUGUCAUCUGGUAUAUCUGAGGAACAGCAGGGAUUCAGAAAGAACAGGUCUGCUAUAGAUGCUAUUUUUGUGAUCUUCCAAAUUAAGGAAAAAGCUAUAGAGUUCAAUAAGACAGCCUAUAUGUGCUUCAUCGAUCUCACCCAAGCAUUUGAUAGGGUACGAUUAAGUAAUGUAACAAUUCUACUGAAGAGAAAGAAGAUUCACCCAAAGAUAAUAAAAGUAAUUGAAGACCUGAACACCGAUAAUUACACAUAUGUCAGAAUGGAAAAUAAAGUGAGCAGUAGAAUAACUGUAACGGCCAGUAUCAGACAAGGAGAUCUUGUUCAGCAUCGUAAUGGAUGA